GUUGAUUAACUUGUUGCAUACGCGUCCUGGAGAAAAGCGGGAAAGCGCUUUCCCCACGCCCUCGUCAGUGCACGGCGGGAAAAUUCCUCACAGUGCAUGUAGAGAAAGUGCUGUGAUACAAUUGAUAGAUUGGUUAUUAAAUAUGUGAUCUAAUAACAUCACUGUUACCAAUUUCCAACCACAAAAGAAAAGAUACAUUUAUAUCUUUAUAAUAUAAUACCCACCGAAUUAAAGACUUGCCAAAUCCACGAAUACUUUGACAUCGAAUAUGGUUCAACAUUAAAAUAACACUGUUACCAAUUUCCAAGCACAAAAGAAAAGAUACAUUUAUAUCUUAACAAUAUAAAUACCCACCGAAUUAAAGACUUGCCAAAUCCACCGAAUACCAAAUCAAGUGGUCUAAAAAUCUUAAAACAUAUUAAUUUUACCAUAAUAUUAUAUUUGGUAUUAGAGCAUAACUUAUAUUUUGCAUCUCAUGGUUUUCCAAAUCCAAAGUGAUACUCCAACAAGGGUCCUUAAAAUCCAUAAGAUAACCCAAUUAUAAUUCAGUAGAAAUAAUAUAAUAGCUAACGAAAAAUGAAAUGAUGGUUAUCAAUGAAUAUCUUAUAAGAAAAUAAACAUGUUUCUCCGUGCAUUUCACAUAUAAAAUAUAAGAUAAAGUCUAGAGAUCUAUUUUUAACAAAUGUUGUAUCUCAGUUGACUUGGGGUAUUAGAUGCUUUGAUUUAUCACCUUAUCAUCAAAGGCCAAUCGCGUUUUCUUUCUGCCAGUGUGAGUGAGCCAUAAUUAUUUGCGUUUUGUGGGGCGCCAAGUGAACUUGCGGCUGGGUCGGUCAGUGUCGGUGGUGCUUCGCUGGGGUGGUGGCCCAAGAAUGCCGAGGACGGGCGGUGGUGAUGACACUGAAGGGACGCCCCCACAGAAAGCCAGCCACAACUACACACACGUGCUAUCGCUAAUCGAUGGCCGGCCAUCAAGAGCACUAAGCAAAUAAGCAACAGGAGCCGCUUGGGGUGGCCUGAAGACCCCAGGCCCCAGACCCAAGUCCGAGAAUCAGUGGGGCCGAGACCCAAGACGUCGGCUUCGCGGUCGACGCCAACGCAGCGCGCUGCUAGAAAAUAAAUAAACAGGUUUGGCUCAGUUGCCGUCGGCGAUUCCUGAGGAGCGGAGUCCCGAGCGCUUUCGGUGCCCCACUCGAGAAUGCUGGUCGCCCAGGAGAACCGCUUCCAGCAUGUGUACUUCGCGCUGUCCGCCCUGGUGGCCAGCGCCAUGCUCGUCCUGGUCUACAUAUCCAUGCGCUCGAGCCUCAACGAACGGUUGCGCGAGGAUUUGGCCAAAACGCAGCGCCAGCUGAUCUUCGAGCGGCCCAAUCCGCACUGGGACUACAGCAACAGUUGGCGCAGGAUAGGCAACUCUACGCUCAGACAUGAAAUAUACUCGGCGUACUUCGAUGUCAGGACGGAUAUUAUAGGAAGCGUCCGCCUGGAUGAGGAACAGAUGACCAUUGGAUCCCUCCGUGUCUUCGCCAUCCUGCCGGAGCGCCUGCGCGACUCCAAGGUGAACUGCAUCGUGCGCUUUGCGGACUUCACCAGCCAGGAGAUCGUGGCCGAGGAGGCGGGGGCCAUGCACGAUGUGCACAACAACACCUUUGCGGCGUGGAGCGUAAUGUGUCCCCUCCAUGCUUCCCGUAGCGCCCCCCUGCGCCUUCCCCAGGCGGUGGCCUUGGCCUAUGCCUCCAACCGACUGAGUCAUCUCAGUCCAACCUUUAUUCAGAUCAGUUAUCCCCGCAACAUGACCAACUUGUUUGGCCGAUCCCGCCCCGCCAUCUCCGUGUGCGUCGGUCCCCUGCAGGAGAACUACUCGAACGUGCUGCGCCUGGUGGAGUUCGUGGAGAUGUACCGCCUGCAGGGCGCCACCCACUUCUACUUCUACUACGUGGAGGCCACCGAGGAGGUGCGUCGCGUGCUGGAGCACUACCAACAGAUCGGACUCGCCGACGUCUUCGAGUGGAAUGUCCAGGCCCACCUGAGGGAUCUCCACUACGCCGGCAUAGUGGCGCAGUUCAAUGACUGCGUCUACCGGGCCAAUGUGGUGGACAACUUCCGCUAUGCGGCGGUGGUGGACCUGGACGAGGUGGUGAUGCCGCUCAAGCACAACACUCUGGCGGACUACCUGCGCCAGUGCGACGAGGGCCGCACCGCGGGCUUCGUCUUCCGCAACGUCUUCUUCCACCGGCGGGACAGCAACGACACCUUCAACGCCCCCGCCCAUGUCCUGAACAGGCUGCUGUACACCCAGUCCAAGGUCAGGAGAACCCUGGAGGUCCUGCCCGCGUACGUGAGGAGCAAGGUGGUGGUGAAUGCCCGCGCCAUUGUGGAGAUGGGCAACCACCAGGUCUACCGCUCUGCCCCUGGAUAUGCGGAUCACGUGGUGCAUCCCACGGUGGGACUACUGUUCCACUACCGCGACAAGUGCAUCAACUGCAAGAUGGUGCUGAUCGUCGACUAUACGGCCCGGAGAUUCGGAUCGCUGCUCUUCGAUCGAGUGGACAACACGUGCCUCGAGGUUUUCCUGAACCGCGGCAUCUGCGAUCUGGUGUAGCCCCACGCAAUCUGUGUUUUGAUCUUUGAAAGACGCCCCCUAAAAAACCAGAGAUCUCUCGGGUCAGUUGAUCUCGUGGCCUCCGCCCGUCGACAUGCUGAAGUUCUGCUCGCUGCGAAAGGGCAAGGAGCCUGCGAUUCCGGCUCCCAAAGUUGCCAAGAGUGUACGACAAAUUAGAAUAUAAGUCCUAGCUGUUCGCAUCUAAGUGUUAUGCCGUAAUAAAUCGUGCUUUAAGUGAUUUGUGAUGUAA